AUGCCUAAUCAAGUGCGCUUCGUGUCGUCGAAGUCGACAAUGGGUAGUCCAUCUCUCGAGCCCGGUGACAAGGACCCUACAGCCUCCACCGAUGCGCUGCAAACUCCAAACUACGCGAGUCUACCAUCUGCUCGUGCCUCCCCUCGCCUACUAAGCAGCGCAAUGCUUUGGGCUCCUACUCCUACUCCAUCUGCUGUGCUGUGCGGCGUGGGCGGACCCGUGAGGCGAGGUCUAAAGUAUUCGACCAAGGCGGCUGUGGAGCCGGUUUGCCAUCUGUCAGGCAUCUCUGAGCACUUUGAAAUGUAUCUCCUGUACAACCAGCGCAAGACGUGCGGCGACACGGUGGAUAGGUACUUCAAGUCGACGGAGCUCAUCUCCGGUGUCAAGGUCAUGCGGUUCUAG